AUGAAUAUUCAUAAAUAUUUUGAUGCGAAUAAGUUUGAGUACUUCAGUAGCUUGGCUGCAAAAUGCGACGUGGUUGAUGAAAGUGUGAGGGAGGAGAGUGGGCGGGAGAGGCGGCGUGUGAGGCGGCCGGGCUUGGCUUGGCGAGCGACCACAUCCUCAGUAUACGGGUGCAGGGGACGGCGGCGGGAUGCAGCUCUCUCUCUCUCACGCCACCUUCCUGCUGGCAGCCCUGCUGGGCUCCUGCUGGGCGUCCACCACUGUGAGGCCCACGCCCGCGCCCACACCGACCCUCAGCUCUACGCCCACCACGCCCGAGCACCAGGACGAGAGCGUGACCACGCCGGCGACGACUACCCACGCCGCCCAUCGCGCGCCCACCGGAGCGACGCAGUCCUGGUGGGUCGGCUCCUGGGCGAGAUGCGGGAGGUCGCGGCGUCCAUGCAGGAGGCGCGCGAGGAGCACGGGCGCCUGGCCCACGCCGUGGCGCAGAUCAGCGCCGCCGUCAGGGACAUGGGCGAGCACAACAUCCACAUCAAGAAGAAGGUCCGGAAGAUGUCGAAGGCGCUCAACCGCAGCUCGCACCACCACAAGGUCAAGGACGGCCUCAAGUCGCUCCAGCGCGACCACCAGCGCAUCCUGCACGCCAUGAGCCUCAACGGCAUCAACAUCAGCCGCCCCCACAACCACACCCACAACCACAACCACACCCAUAACCACAACCUCACCCACGCCCACAACGGCACCCACAAGAGCCAGCACGGCCACGGCCACAACCACCGCCAGAACAACAACACCAAGAAGGGCGACGACGACGUCGAAGGAGACGACAAGGACGACGCCGAAGAGGAGGAGGCGGGCACCACCAAAGCCGCGGUCACGAGCGACGCCAAGGAGAGCGCUGACGACUCCAAGGAGGACGGCGAAGAGGGCGGCGACGCCGAAGACACCGACAACAAGAUCCCCGAGCUGGUGGUGGACCCCCCCGGCCCCACCGACCCCCCCCUGCCCGUGGACUGCACAGAGGUCAUGCAGCGCGGAAACUGGACCAGCGGGACCUACCUCAUCCAGCCGCGGGGCCUGCAGCCGCUCAAGGUGUGGUGUGACCAGGCGACCCACGGUGGCGGCUGGACCUUCAUCCUGGCGCGGCUGGAGCAGGAGCGACAGGAGGACUUCGACAAGAACUGGGACGACUACAAGGCGGGCUUCGGGGACACGGCCGGCGAGCACUGGAUCGAACUGCAUUAA